AUGGCAUCAAGUCAGCCCCAGUCAAACGGUGCCACGGCUACUCCAGCAAAUAGUUCACAGCCUGGUCCCCCAAACCAGACGACGGCAGCUAGUCAACCGCCUGCUGCUCAACCGCCACAGCCGCCAACGCAGCCCCUCUCGGCCUCGGACCCGCGGCCCCGUGAUGCCCGGCUCAUCGAGCUCCUGCUCACGUCGCAAGGCGUCACCGCCUACGAACAGCGAGUGCCCCUCCUCCUCCUCGACUUCGCCUACCGUCACACCUCCUCGAUCCUCAGCGAUGCUCUCCACCUCGCUGGCGAUCCCUACGUCACACAAGCCGGCUCCAAACCGUCGGCGUCUUCGGGCGCAACGGCGACGGCACCGGGCGAGGCACCUAUCGGCGCCAACGCCGUGAAGCUGGCCAUCAGCGCACGACUGUCCUACCAGUUCCGCGGUGGCAGCGCAGGCGGCGGCAUCAGCAAGGAGUACACGCAGGAGCUCGCGCGAGAGAGAAACAAAGUGGCGUUGCCGAGGAUCGUUCCCAACGAGUGGGGCGUGCGACUGCCGAGCGAGCGCUUCGUGCUCACCGGCACGAGCUGGGGUCUGAAGGACAUGUGGGAGGGGGACGAAGGACUGUCCGAAUCGGACGAGGAUGAACAGCAGGGAGGAGACAUGAUGGAAGGCAUCCAAGGACCAGACCCAGAAGAUGUUGGCGGGGACGGCGUUGAAGGAGGCACCGUCGAUGACGUGUUUGGCGACGACGUAGAUGAGGAAAUGGCGGAGGACGGUUAG